CUCACUGAGCUCCGAGAUAACAAACGAAAAGGAAUCGGAUCUUACGCCGAAUUACCAAAAUACCAAGCACCGAACCAGGUUGCGCAUUGAACGCAUUUCACUCAGAGAGAGAGAGAGAGAUUGAAAUCGAUAUCUUUCGCAUUCGGUACUGCUUUCGAAAUUGCAACCCCGUAAUUGAAUCUGCAUCACGCCGCAGCGGCGGCGCGGCGACGGCGGUGGAGGACUCCUCGGGCUCGGCGGUGGCGGCAGCAGCAGCAGCGUCGGCGGAGGCGGACGUAGUUUCGGCAUCGAAACCGAUCUGCUAUGGCGUACAGAAGAAGGCCGGGAGGAGGAGCAGGAGGAGGACCAAGGCCUUCGACCUCGAACGAAGAAUUCGGGAGCCCUAACCGCCUUCCUUCUCCCGCUCCACCCGACAACAGCUCCUCCUCGUCCUCCGCCUCUUCGCUGGCCGCCAAAGCCAUCAGAGCUUCUUCCUCGUAUCGCGACGCCUCUCUCUCCUCCGCGUACGGGCAGUCCGCUCUCUCCCCGUCUCAAAACCCCAACCCUGCCAGAUCUUACCCUCCCUCUGUAUCCAAGGAUUCCGCCACCCAUGAAUACACAUCAAUGAAAAAUUUGAGUGAACCUAAACAUGGAUUUUGGGGAGGUCUGGCUCGGAAAGCUAAAGCCAUUAUAGAUGAUGAUAAUGACACACAACAAUCUGAAACACCUGGAAGAACAAGACCACAGAUGUCUGGUACCGAAACAAGGAGUCAGUAUCACAGCCCAAAUCAUUCACAUGAGGGCCGUCAGAAGACAGAAAAUCCUGCAUUACAGAAGGGCCUAGGUGCAAUUACAUCUUCCCUAACUUUUAUAGGCGGCACCAUCGGCAAUGCCCUUGAGGAGGGUCUAAAUAUUGUGGAAAACCGGACCGCAGACAUCAUUCAAGAAACUCGCAAGCUGCAAAUAAGGAAAAAAGGUGGCAGUUCCGAGAAACAGAAGCCGAUGUCAAAUGUUGGUAGCACACGCCAAGUCCAACAGCCCCUGAUGCGAGCAGAGGUGCUACAGCAGAUGGAGACUGAUCUAGAAAUCCAACUGAAGGCAUCUCGCGACGUUGCCAUGGCAAUGGCUGCCAAAGCAAAGCUUCUUCUUCGCGAGCUGAAGACAGUCAAAGCAGACCUAGCUUUUGCGAAGGAUCGUUGCGGUCAGCUGGAAGAAGAAAAUAGAAUCCUUAGAGAGAGUCUUGAAAAGGGAGAUAACCCAGAGGAUGAAGAUUUGAUACGGCUUCAACUUGAGUCACUUCUGGCAGAGAAAGCUCGAUUGGCGCAGGAAAACUCGGUCUUUGCACGGGAGAACCGUUUUCUCAGGGAGAUUGUUGAAUACCACCAGUUGACCAUGCAAGAUGUUGUGUACUUGGAUGAGGGCAGUGAACAGGUUACUGAAGUUUACCCUAUCAAGGCACCUUCAUUGAGCAAUAUGCAUUCCAUUGGUGCCAUACAAACUACAGCUUCUCCCUCCGCCCAAGUUGAGGCAAGAAGUCCGCAAGUGAUCUCCCCAAGUGUUACCCCAUUAAGCUCCUUUAUCCGCCUACCCGAGGAAGAAUUGGAAACACGCUCAGAUCCUGCAUAAAUGGUUUCAUCUUUUCAAACAAAGGUUUGAAUUUUUAUCUAUAGCAUUUUCAGUUUUCUUUGACACCUCAUUUUCUCUCUUUGCUUGGCCAAUAUAUAAUUGUUUUGUAUCUUCAAAAUAAUAUUUAACUAUUAACUUCUGUAAGCUCUUUCUGAACCUAUUCUGCAGUGGCCUAUUACAUUGUGCUGUUGUCUAAAGAAAUACUCUUGUUAAAGAUAUGAAAUUAUUCGUUGAGUUGUCC